AUGCAUACACCACAGAGAGUCAUUGAGACGCUAUUGAGAAUGGGUGUCAGUGUAUCAGUGCAUGCAAUAAAUGCAGCGAUAACAUCAUUGUCCGCAGAGUCUCGCCAUGCCAUUCAAGCCCUUGGCCAAACACUCCUUGCAGCCUACGCAUAUGACAAUUUCGAUGUUGACCUGAAAAAAACGGUCCACACUCAUGGUGUUACAUGCGAGGACUUGCAGUGCUCAUCAACACUGUGGGAAAAUUUUCCCCUCAAUCCGCACGUCAAUGCAUCAACAGCACUGAAGGACAGAUGGAAAGACCUACUGAAUCUACAUUCUGAUCCCUUGGAUGCAACUGGUCUGUCUCAUCAAGACUGUUUCAACUCAUGGAAAAUGCUCUCUGACCUCGUCAACUUUGGUCCCCCAUACUUUCAUCAGUUCAAGAAUCAGCUUUGCAACCCAGGGACAGUUGAGGCUAUUCCUGUCAUAAAAACUCCAAUUCUUGCUGUGCGGGUCAUGCAUGUUUGCAACUCCACAGUAUCUGACAAUAUAUGUUCAGUAGUUGAGCUGUUGCAGCAGGGGGGCAUCGAGGAUCCAGUAGAGAUUGAUGACCCAGACACAGACAUGCUGAACAUGUCAGAGUAUGUCAUACUAUUCCAUGGUGAUCUUGGCACCGGGGAACAUCUUCUGGCUGCCCAGCAGCGAGGUGCAAUCGAGGCCACACGAUGGAAGCGAUUUCAGCAUGUUAUCUUUAUUCCAAGUUUGUUCCACCUCAAGAUGGCCAGCGCAGAUGCUAUAUGGCGCAUUUUUCUGCAGCCAAUUUCAGCUUGGGAUGAUGACAGCGUAUUGAUGCAGGACAUUGGAAUGCUUCGACCUAAGGAGACUGGAAUAUAUGGAUCAAAACCGGUCGAGGCCAAAAAGCACAACUCCUUGCACACAGAUCUUGAUGCAUUCACUGCAUCAGAGCCUUCAUUUGAUGACUUGAAAACCAUGGCAGAUCAACUUGCACACAAUUAUAUUGCCAAUCACAGAACCAGUAAAAUAUCAGGGAUCAGAAACACCAAGUCUUGGUAUGACGAAAGCCAAACCUUUGUCACAAAGUAUGAAGACACUAGACUCACGCGAAAAUUACACAAUGUUGCUGUCUCUGCUGAUAUGGAUAUGCUUCGCAUGCCAGCCUUUGCAAUAUUUUUAAGGCUCCGCACAUCGCCAGCAGUGAUGUGCCGCUGUGGCUGGCGAUGUUUACAAAUGUUAUCUGCCAGCCGCUGCUGA